AUGCAGGAGAGCUCAGUUGCCUGCCUCCACCGCAACCCUUGGAAGCAGGUGGGAAGGAGCUCUCAGCUGCCGCAAUAUCCAGAGGCCGUGUGGCUGGCUUGUCGUGCGGCACACCGGGAGAUUCUGGCACAACCGCCUUUUCUGCCCGGGAAGCAGCUGUGGGGCAGUUCUUCCACACCAGCCAGCUUAUCUUCGAGCCUCAAUGAAUUUCAGAACCGCAAAGGUUUGACAGCUCUCGGGUUUUCACAGUGGCAUGUGGCAGCAGAGAUGUGGGUUCUGGAUGCUGGCGUUCGGGCCUGCCUCGUCUUCCUCUGGAUGGUGGGAAACACGGCAGCAAGCCGGCCAUGCGUCCCCAAGUAUUUUGGCCGUGACGCCAUGGUUUGUGUCUGCAAUGCAACGUACUGCGACACGACGGACCCCGUCUCCUUCCUGCCCGAGGGCUUCUUCGUGAAGUAUGAGACCACCAAAUCUGGCCACCGCAUGACGUGCACAGAAGGGAAGUUCCAGCAGAACCGCACAUCUCCUGGCUUAAUGGGGCUCAAAUAUAUAUUCAAUGCCUCUGAACGCUACCAGUGUGUCAAAGGCUUUGGGGGAUCCCACACAGAUGCUGCAGCGAUAAAUAUCCUGAGUCUGUCUCCGGCGACCCAAGAGCACCUGUUGAGAUCUUACUUCUCCAAGACUGGAAGCGAGUACAACCUGAUGCGUCUGCCCAUCGCCAGCUGUGAUUUCUCCACGCACCCCUACGUUUAUGAUAACGUCGCGUACGAUUAUGACCUGACGUAUUUCAGCUUAGCGAAGGAAGACAUCAUGUUCAGAAUCCCGGUCCUCCACUGGAUAAUGGCCUUAGCUGAGCGGCCCCUCUCCCUAAUUGCCAGCCCAUGGACUGCGCCCGCCUGGAUGAAGACCAAUGGCCAGAUAAAGGGGAAAGGACGGUUGAAAGGGAAAGCAGGAGACAGAUACCACAAGACCUGGGCCAACUACUUCAUCAGGUUUCUGGAUGAAUACGCCAAACACAACAUCACAUUCUGGGCUAUCACAGCUCAGAACGAGCCGAUUAUCUCCUUGUAUGCCAUGAAAGAUUUCCCCACCAUCGGCUACUCGGCCGAGGAGCAGCGCGACUUUGUGAUGAUGGACCUGGGCCCUGCGCUGGCCUCCAGCGACCACAAAGACGUCCAUCUCAUCAUCCUUGACGACUUGCGGAUAAACCUGCCCUACUGGGCCAAUGUGGUCCUUGGGAACAGCAGCUCAGCCAAGUAUGUGUUUGGCAUUGCGGUCCACUGGUACCUGGAUUCGAUUACCUGUGCUUCAUGUACCCUGGGGGCUACCCACCGCCUCUUCCCAAACCAUUUCCUGCUCUACUCAGAGGCUUGUAAUGGUUUCCACCCUUGGGAUGCUAAAGUGAUCCCGGGCAGCUGGGACAGAGGCGUUCGGUACAGCAAAAGCAUCAUAGAGACCUUCAACAAUUUUGUUGUUGGCUGGAUCGACUGGAACCUGGCUCUGGAUAUGAAGGGAGGUCCCAACUGGGUCAAAAAUUUCGUGGACAGCCCCAUUCUGGUGGACGCCUCAAAAGAUGAAUUCUACAAGCAGCCGAUGUACUACCACCUGUCUCAUUUCAGCAAGUUCAUCCCCGAGGGCUCUGUUCGAGUAGAAAUGACCAGCAACAGCUGGCUUGACUGCAGGCUACACACGGUGGCCUUCGUGCGGCCGGACGGGGCUGCGGUGGUGGUUGUGCUGAACAACUGCUUCUGCGAAGUGGAGUUCAGCAUUUUAGACGGCCCUCUGGGCUACCUUGAGGAUGUUGCUCAGCCCUAUUCCAUCCAGACCUACCUGUGGAAGCGCGUGUCACCCUGA